UUCAAGCAAGAGCAUCAAAUAUCCUCCUCUACUUUAUGAAGAUGGAAAAUCGCCUCUCCAACAUAGGAGCAUGAACCACAAUUGUUUUGUGUCCAAAAUUGGAUUUUUGAGAGAAGGAUUAGGGGUGGAUGUCUGGGACAAACUCAAGGAAUCAUCUCUUGGAGUAUUUAUAAAGUUUACUGAAUUGGAAUACACUUGGGCUGCGCAGAGAGUUCACUUUCUACUCACACAUCAGCUGAGAAUCAACAACAUCCAUGAGGUUUGGUCUUUGAUCGAUGAUAGGCCAAUUAGAUUUUCUUUAAAUGAGUUUGCAGAGAUAACAAGGUUAAAUUGUGAUGCAUUUGACCCUUUAGAGAACUUUGAUGUUGAUCACCAUGAUUUAUGGAAAGAAAUGAAAAUACCAACAACCCUUGAUGGUCCUAUGUGGACUGAGUUGGUAAACGUGAUUGAUUCUAACAAAACAUGGGAUUUUGAUAAGAGGAUGAUGGUUGGUAGGUUAUGUCUGUUGUCAGUAUGCGUACAUGGAAUUCAUCAUACAUCUAGAAUCCCAUUGGUGACUGCUAAGAGAGUUUUAGAUCCUGUUGCUUUUGAAAAACAUCCAUGGGGUCGGGUGGCUUUUAGUAGUUUAGUGAAUUCUGUUAAGAUAGUUGACUAUGACGGAGAUUCAUACACCAUACACGGCUGCGUUCAUGCUAUGUUGAUUUGGCUGUAUGAGAGUGUUCCUGGAAUUGGAGAAAGUUAUGGGUUUAGAAGGACAGAAGCGAGUGGUGUUCCACUUCUUGAUUGGCGAUCAUCACGAAAACGUAUCAACUUCACAGACUUCUUCAAAAAAGAGAAGCAUUUGCACGGACAGGUUCGUGUUAGGCAUAUGAUUCAUGUUUCAGAGGAAGACAUGUAUCCUCUAUGGUCUGACUCAGAGGAGCAUACGGAUCCACACCUAGACGAGCUAAUUAAAGAUCUCAUUCAUAACCGUUUGUCUCUAGAUGCUUGGAGUUGUGGCAAGACAGUUGGUAUAAGUUCAAAAAAGAAGAAAAGAAGAGCUGAAGCUGAUAAGGUGAAUGACAACAGAGGGUGCAAUCCUAAGAAAAAAAGAUGGACAGAUAGUGAUCCUAAAUGUGAACAAGGAGAAAAUGUAACCAACAUGGAGGAUGGUAAGGAUGACACGUCAAUUUCUUUGGAUAUUUGGAGGGCGAUUGAGAAAAUGAAUGAGACUAUUUCUGACUUGGGCAAAACACUCAACAGUCGAAUAGAUGUCUUGGAGAGUAAAUUUGAAACAUGCGUUGAAAAACAAAUGACGGUGUUCAAAGAGGAGAUGGGUGAGAGGAUUAAAGCAUUGGAGAAAGAAAGAAAAGAGCCAAAAGAAGCUGAUGUACGGAAUGAUGCCACUUCGCACACCAUUAACGAUGAUGAGGGAACAAGUAAAGCACCUUCAUGGAUUGUUGAGAUGAAGCAGACAUCACAAGAUGAAUUUCCAGUUCAAAGGGUGGUGAGGAAGGUUUACACUGUCAAGAAUAAGAAGAAAGAAGAAGAUGAGAUAUCAGAGAAACUUCCUCUCUUUGAAAAGAAGGAAUCUGUGAAGGUUGAGAAGAAGGAAACUUCCAAGAAAAAGAAGAUAACUGCUAAAGCUUCUGACGAUGUUGAGGAUAUAACUACCCAAGUUCAGAAAGCU